CGUUUUUUUUUUUUUUUUGCUGCUGCUGUUCUAUUUUUACCACUUCGUUCGUUCUCCUGUGUCCGUGAAACGGCCGAGGCCAUGUUCUCCUCCCGGUCCUCGUCACUGCUGCACUGGACGGCCAUGGAGCAGGCCGACUCGGACGUGCUGGACAUCAGCACCAAGGUGCAGCUGCACGGCGUCCUGUGGAAGAAGUCCUUCGCACGGCCCUCCGCCAAGUGGUCCCGCAGAUUUUUCAUCAUUAAAGAGAGCUUCCUUCUCUACUAUGCAGAGAAUGAGAAGAGGAACUUUGAUACAAACCGAUACUUCAACAUCCACCCCAAAGGAGUGAUCCCCCUGGGGGGGUGCGUGGUCACCCCUAAAGAGGAGCAGGGAAUGCCCUUUGCCAUGACCAUCACCCACGAGGACUUCACUGGCGACGUCGUCCUGGCGGCUGACUCGGAGGCGGAUCAGGCCCAGUGGGUGGAGCUUCUGCAGGAGUCGGGAAAAGUCACCUGGAAGAACGCCCAGCUCGGAGAGGCCAUGAUUGAGAGCCUGGAGGCGCAGGGGCUGCAGCUGGCCAAGGAGAAGCAGGAAUACUUGGAUAAACUGAUGGAGGAGACUGAGGAGCUGUGCCUGCAGAGGGAGCAGAAGGAGGAGCUGGAGCGGCUGAAUCAGGUGCUGGAGGAGGAGAAGCAGAGGUUUGAGGAGGUGGUUUCUGAACUGAGGACGGAGCAGGACCAGAUCAAAGUGGAGCUGGAUGGUACAGCCCAGUCACUGAAAGGAGUGGAGGUGGAGAAGGAGGAGCUCCACAGCCUGACCACCCUGCUGCAGAAAUCACUGGAGGAGCUGUCCCAGGAGAAGCAGCACACCCUGGAGCUGCUGCGGGUGAAGGAGCAGGGCUCGCAGGAGGAGCGGGCUGAGAAGGAGGUGCAGGAGGAGCACGACCCCGGCCUCCUGAAGGGGAACCUGCGGCAGAUUGAGGAGCAGAUGAGGAGGCUGCUGCAAGAGAAGGAGCAGGCACAGGACAGGCUGAAGGAGAAUGAGCAGCGGGCUCGGGUUCUACAGCAGGAGCGGGAGUUCUACUCCACACAGGCCAUGGCGCUGCAGAAGUCCCUGUCUGAGCUGACUGUCGACAAGCAGCAGACUGAGGCAGAGCUGAAGGCGGAGAUCCAGGCGCGGAUGGAGCUGGAGCAGAGGCUGAAGCAGGCCGAGGAGGCGCUCCGGAGUCUGGAGCAGGGCCUCAGCUCCCUGGAUUGCACCAAGGAGAAGGAGGAGAGGAUGAAGGGAGACGUCAGCCAGCUGAGGAAGUUCUUUGAGGAGUGUAUCUGCGCCGCGGAGAUUGAGGCCAAGCUGCCGGCCAUCAUGAAGAACGCCGUGUACAUCCACAAGGCCGCGGCACGGCGCAUAAAGAGCUGCCGCGUGCAGAGGAAGGCCUCCAGACACCACUGGGCCCAGCUGAAGCACUCCAAGUCCUUCAUUCUCUCGCCCGACGAGGAGCCCUCUCUGGAGGACCUGAGGGAGAAGACCGCUCGUCGCUACACCUGUGACAGCUCCUUCCGAGAGAAAGUGUUCAAGAUCAUCUCCCACAAGGACCCGGGGAAGGCUGACGGCUGAGCUGUACGCCUGUCGCUGAGCAGACUGAGCAGCAAGCCUGUCGCUGUGGACCACACACACACACACCGGAACCCCCAGGUUUAACACUAACUUUUUCCCAGUUUGGACCAUCUUUAGAUUUUUUUUACCACAAUCUUGAAGGCUUAGUUCCCAGCUCCCAGCUGAGUGUAGGAAAAGAGGGGUGGAGAUUCAGAAUGGAAUUUUCGGGUGGAUUAUAUUUAGCUCAUAUAUAUGCAUUAAACUUUUUAUGAUUUAUUUUCUAACUUGCCUUUGUAAGUGCUUCCCCUGCAACCAGGUGUGGUUAUUGGGUGGAUACCCAUUUGUUUUUGUAUUAGAGAGUGCUACCAGAUAACUGACGGAACACUAAAAGAAUCAUCAGAAAUCGGCUGGCGUGCAGAGCCAAAACAACAAAAAUUGUGUCACUGUCCAAAUACUAACAAACUGCACUAUGUAUUCAGUUAUGACAUUAAUACUUUCUAAGGGCUUGGGAAAGGGAAAUGUAUGGGACUAUAAUUUGCCGAUCUAUGCAAUUAAAAGUAAUAAUACAUGUACCGAACUAAUAAAUAUUCAACAUACAAA